CUUCAGUUUUGCUUCUUUAUGUCUCCAUAUCUUUCCUUUUUUCUCAUGCCAAAGUACAAAAUGAACAAGGUCUUUUUUUGGUUCAGUCUGUUAACAUUAAUACACGGGGUGAAAAACACGGAGAUUAAAUGUAUCGUCGGGACAACAGUGACCUUACCUUCAGGGCUGAAUACGUUCUCGAAUCCUUCUAGUAUUAAGUGGACAAUAAAUGUUGACAACAGCAAAAAAUACAUUAUAUUCUUUUCUGACUCUGAGACCAUACCUGGCUCAUAUGACCCGCUAAGGGAUAGAGUGAGUCUUAAUACCACAACUGGAGAUUUAGAAAUAAGAAGUGUAAAACUAACGGACAGUGACACAUAUGCAGUGGAAAUUGAGAAUAAGGAAGCUAAGCGUCACAGCAGUGAAGUUAUCCUUUCUGUAUACGAGAGACUUCCUGAACCAAACAUAGCUGUGACAAACGGCACAUACAAGCACGAGUUAUGCCGGAUGUCGUUGUUGUGUUCCGUGAGAAGUGGGGACGUCAAGUUUAACUGGUCUUCAGAGCCCCUCCCUUAUGGCUGCUACUUGGAGCCCCUGCAAAAUUCUACAGCUACAACAUCUUCACACACAACAUCUGAGUUAACAGCAUGGUGUAACCCCGACCGAACUGUAGACAUCACCUGCACAGUCAGAAACAACAUGAGCAGUAACACAUCUACAACAGCUACAAAAUGUCCACUGAAACAAAAAUGUAAAGAUAUAGAUGAAUGCAGAACACCACCGUGUUCCUUUUUUACACCCUUUAUCGUUGGUGUAAUAACCAGUACUUUUUUGUGUGCGUUGAUCUACGCACUUAAAGGCAAAAUCCAUAAUUUUUGGAAUAAACAUGUUGUACCUUGUGGAGGUUUUGCUAAAUAUUCAUCCUCUGAGAAUUCCAGUGAUCAAGCAAGCAGUGAUAGUCAUCCAACAAAACCUCUCAAAAGUGAUUCCAAUUGCCCUGAUUCCAAAACUAAAAAUGCAGUUGCUCUGUGAUCCUACAACAUGUAGCACAUAACAGGCAAAUUCCCUUGAAUAUCUAAAUCAGUAUCAUAUGUUUAUGUCAACAGAAGUGAUAUGGUAAUUUGUGUCACCCACUGAUGUUACUGUAGCCCACUUCAAACUGCAAGUCAUCUGAAAUGACUGAUUUUGGAACAUUUGAUAUACUUUAAAACUUCUGCACAGAAGUGUAUAUUUUCCUGGAAUACACACCCACUGUCUGAAACCACUUGUCCUGAGCAGGGUUGCGGUAAACCGAAUCUUAAUCCAGCAACAUAG